AUGAAAAGACGAGAAAGCCAGGCUCCUGAUUCUGUUUUUGGUCAGUCCCGUGCAUUUGCUUUGUCUGAUUCUUCAGUAAAUCCCGAUGUCAUUAAAUACCUGAGCAGUGUUAGGCAAGAGGCACUAAGAACUAAUGCCAUAUCAGUCAAGAAUCAAAUGGAUGUACAGAAAAGGAUGCGCCACAAAUCCAGCAUGUAUGAUGAUGAGGAUGAACAUACCACCAAAAGAAAUGCUAUCCCGCCGCCCUUGGUUAAACUUCAAAAUAAUGUAAACAUAUGGAUAGAAUGGUUUAACACUGUAAAAGCAACGGUACUGACGAGCGCCUACGAAUUUACCGGUUAUGACGACAAAACACUGGAUCUAUUAUUGGUUUACCUGAAGAAUUAUUUGAAAGAUAUACCUAGCAAAAGUACUACAGUUGAAAAAAUUAUGAAUAUCCUCAAUCAAAACUUCUUUCCUGCGGAAUUGGAACAGCAGGAUAAUGAAUUUGAGAUUGAUGAAGAAUGGGUACAGGAUAUUUUAAUGAAGUUGGCGAAAACUAGUUUUAAUAGUGUUGAGGAUAUAAAGAAUAUUAUCACUGAAGGAGAUAAACAUGAACUGAGUGGGUACAACCAAUGGUUCAAAUACAUUAUAAACAAUGAGCCACGACAUGCUACGUUUUGUGACAAAAUUAAAUUUAAGCAGUUAUGGGUCCUAGUUAAAUAUAUGUCCAAUACAUGGAUAAAAGAAAUCUACAAGAAAGGGAAACACUAUCGCAGCCUACAAGGUUGGUUAUUUUAUAUACUGGUACAUAUACCCGAAAAACUUACGGCAGAGUACACCAGCAUUUUGAGGGAUUUAGGAAAGAAGUGCCUUGAAUUAAUUCAAAAGAAACCUAUUGGGGUUUAUAAGGAUGAAAUAAUACUUCCGAUGGAGAUGCGUGAAUUAGAUCUCAAGAUACCAUCUACAAUUAAAGAUGUAACGAUAAUAGAACUGACCAUUUGUGUUGUAGCAGUCAACUAUGGUCAAAAGGACUUGAUAGAAUAG